UUCAUCGGCGAGGAGUUGACUGCACUUGGGGGCGCGGGCUUCGGGUUCAUUCAUAUUAAAGAAAAAAAACGGCGCUCUGUCAUGGCGGAGGCUGCGGCUUGUCCUGCUUUCCGGCUCGGGGGCUCGCGAUACGACCAGGGUUCCUUUCUUGGCCGUCUGAGACAUUUUGUGGACGUUAUCGACCCAAGCACACUUUUUGUAUCUGAGAAACAACUUAAAGACAGCAUCAAACUCUUGGAUGACUUUAAAUGUGGAACACUUCCACCAGGAAUUUCUAAUCUUCAGUUGUGGGAAGCCCAAAAGAUCAAACAGGCCAUCAUUCAUCCCGACACAGGCGACAAGAUCUUCAUGCCGUUCCGAAUGUCAGGUUACGUCCCGUUCGGAACGCCCAUUGUCAUUGGCCUUCUUCUUCCCAAUCAGACAGUGGUGUCCACCAUUAUAUGGCAGUGGCUGAAUCAGAGUCACAAUGCUUGUGUCAACUAUGCCAACCGCAAUGCCACAAAGCCAACGCCAACAUCAAGAUUUCUGCAAGGCUAUUUUGGCGCUGUGACCAGUGCUGUUUCCAUUGCUGUGGGACUAAAUGUGCUUAUUCAGAAGGCCAAUAAGCUGAGUCCUGCCACCAGAAUGAUAAUACAGAGAUUUGUCCCGUUUCCAGCAGUUGCCAGUGCAAACAUUUGCAACGUAGCUUUAAUGAGACAUAACGAGCUGUCCGAAGGCAUCGACGUGCUGGACCCUGAUGGCAACGUGGUGGGCUCCUCCAAAAUCGCUGCCACACACGUGAGUGACAGUUUUAAAGGCUGCCGAGGAAAUGAAUUAUUUCCCGCUCACGUCACUCGCCCGCCAUCUGCUCUUCUGAUGGAGAGAAUUAGAUGUGGCUCUGAAACGAAGCGUGUGCACAAUGCUGUCAUCCCGCAGGCCAUUGCAGAAACGGCGUUCACACGUGUGGUCCUCCCCAUGCCCAUCUUUGUGCUACCCCCCAUCAUCAUGUCGUACCUGGAGAGGUUGCGUUUCCUGCAGAAGAACCGCAAACUGAUGCUGCCCAUCCACAGUGCUGUGUGUCUGCUUACAUUCGGCCUGUCGCUGCCUGUGGCCAUCAGCCUAUUUCCGCAGAUGUCAGAGAUUGAGGUGUCUCGCCUGGAGCCCGAAAUUGCCAUGGCAACAGAUUGCAAGGUGGUGACCUACAACAAGGGUUUAUGACGGAUGACGUGAGGAAACAAACACGAGCUACGUGGAGCGUUAACAUAGAAUCUUAUAGCAGCUCAUCAUGUAGAGAAGUAUAAUCACGUGCAUUUUAUUGAAAACAUACAGUAUGUAUUUCGUAAACUCAAUUCAGGGUGUACCCUGCCUCCUGCCCAUUGUCAGUUGGAAAAGGCGCAAGUUUACCCACGGCCUUAGUGAGGAGAUGUAGUCCAGAGAAUGGAUAGAUGUUAUGUUGUUAAUAAAUAGGCCACUAAAAAAACAGGAAGGCUCAUAUGUAGUACAUGCAAUAACGAUAUCUGCCACAAGAGUGCAGUAAAAAUACUUAAACUUACAUUGCCAAAUACUGUAUAGUAUUUUCAAUUCUUUUUCAUAUAUUUUAAAAUACAAACAAUAACAAUUAUGUAUUUACAAUAUUUUUUUUAUACUAGUAGAUCAUAUUUUAAAAUGAUUUAGUAGUCAAUAAAAAUUAAUAUAAAUUACACACUUUAAUGAAUAUUUGUAAUAUAAUUUUAUAGAAUUGCCACUUAUGUACAAGCAAAGCACUUGUCAUAAUUUUGUGACGGUCUUGAACACAACUAGAAUGCUUUAACUUUUUCAGUCAGUUGAUAUUCAUCCAAGCAAUAUUUUAAUAUUGUAAAACAGGAUUUCUGUACUCAUAUUUUAGUAAACUGCAUGCGUAGGUUUAAUCACAUUGCCUACUGUAUUCUGUCAGCUCCUAUAGAAGGUAGUGCACAUUUUGAUAACUUGGAUGCUUAAAUGUGUUUAAUUGUAUCUUUACAUGACCAUAAAUGUGUCAAAUAACACUGAAGGACAGGUAUCCCUCAAUAAUUGUUCAUUUAUUUCAAGUAUUUGCCAGGUUGUCCAUGACUGGGUGUAUAAUAUCAUUUUUACUAUUUGAAUUUAUGUUUUUAUUUUUUGCACUUUUUUAGGAAUAUUUCAGGGUUUUUAACUGUGGGAAGCACUUCAAGAAUUAAUAUAAUAAUUACAUUUAAAAAAUAUUUUUGACUUGUUAAUCUGCUAAUAUGUAACACGCACCAAGUAUUUUAACAUCAGUAAUGUGAAUAACAAUGUCUGGAGACCAAUAAUGUGAAACAAACUGUCUUUUCCUCAUUGUGUUGUACAGUGUGCAUAGCUAACGUUUGCACAAUUUUAAAACAAUUUUAUAUUGUUCUAAAUAAGUGCCAUGAAAUUGUUAUAUUUAACUAUUUGUAUACAAUAAAACACUUGGUGCAAAUCGCUUGAUUUUAAAUGCUAAAUAAAUGUACUUAAUGCACUUGAAUAUUGUCAUUACUAUUAGAAAUUCAUUUUUGGUAUUUAUGUUAUUGUUUUUAUUAUUGUUUAUCAUAAUAAUUAUCAGUAAGAUAAAUCUAACUUGUAUAUAAAAAUCAACGACCCUAUUGUUUUUAUGAUUAUUAUAAAUACUGUAUAUUGUUUUACCUUUUUAGCCUUUUGUGUGUCUAAACGCUACAGUUCACUAUGUGGUCUUUAGAGGGCAGCAGAGUUUCUGCACGCAAGUAUCAAAAGAUUAUAGAUAUCAUAUAAAGCCAGAUGUACUUAGCGUAUUGUGAGUCAAUAGGUAAGGGUGUCGUUACUUGCCGGCAUCGAUACACCGGCCUUUUCCGUCGGUUCCAUUCGAUAAACAGAAUUACAGACAAUUGAUUGUUUUGUACUCAUAAACUUCAGGGAUGCAGUAGUUUUACAACCUACUUAAGAACUUUUUAACAUUUUCUCCAACUCCAACCUGAAUCGUAUCCACGUUAAUACGGCUUCUUAUAAACCAAACAAUUUGUGAACCUGUUAAGAAUUCUGCGAGAUAUUCGAUCAACUGCGAUGGAGCCCCUCUCGUGGAGCUCGCAAGUGAAGUCGCCUGACGCAAGAUAGCCGAUGUUACUUACGCCGCUGACGCCGCAUAUAGACAUCUCGCCUUGUAUACAUAAUGUCUAUGUCCAGGUUGUUGUAGUUCCUUGCCAA